CCGCAGGGCGGGGGUGGGGGCGGCGCGGGCGGGGAGCGACGGGCUGGCAGGGCAUGGCGUCCAUGGCGGCGGCGAUCGCGGCCUCGCGCUCGGCGGUCAUGAGCGGGAACCGGCCUCUGGACGACAGGGAGCGGAAGCGCUUCACCUACUUCUCGUCUCUGAGCCCCAUGGCCAGGAAGAUCAUGCAGGACAAGGAGAAGAUCCGGGAGAAGUACGGGCCCGAGUGGGCGCGGCUGCCGCCCGCGCAGCAGGACGAGAUCAUCGACCGGUGCCUGGUGGGGCCGAGCGCCCCAGCGCCUCGCGACCCCGGGGACCCCGAGGAGCUCGCGCGCUUCCCCGGGCUGCGCGGGCCCACGGGCCAGAAGGUGGUGCGCUUCGGGGACGAGGACAUAACUUGGCAAGAUGAGCACUCUGCCCCCUUCUCCUGGGAAACGAGGAGUCAGAUGGAGUUCAGCAUCUCUUCCUUAUCCAUCCAAGAGCCUGGCUGCAGCACUGCCAGCGAGCCCAGGCCACCAUCCAAAGCUCCCCAGGGGUCCCAGGCCCUCCGACCCUCCCAGGGCAGCAAGUCCUCCAGCCUGGAUGCCCUGGGUCCAGCCCGGAAGGAAGAGGAAGCGUCCUUCUGGAAGAUCAACGCGGAGCGGUCUCGUGGGGAGGGCCCGGAGGCUGACUUCCAGUCGCUGACCCCCAGCCAGAUCAAGUCCAUCGAGAAGGGGGAGAAGGUCCUGCCUGCUUGUUACCGACAGGAGCCUGCCCCGAAGGCCAGGGAGGCCAAGGAGGAAAAGUCCAGCAGCCUCCGCCAGGAGCAGUGGGUCCUUCCCAGCCUCAGCAUGGAGCGCGAGAGACCCCAGCCCACCCAGGCCUGCACCAGCCCUCCCAGCGAGGCCGAGCCCGGGGGAAAGCUGCCUUCCGCCUCUGCCGGCCCGGAGGCCUUGGAGGACGCAGAGGACACACUGUUCUCAGAACCUGUGCCUGUUCAGGUCAGCUCAAGUAAUGUCAUCUUGAAGACGGGAUUUGAUUUUCUGGACAACUGGUAAAAUGUGUUUGACAAAACAAACAAAGCAAGAACCUCCAGAUGUUUUCCAAAGUGGGGUGGCAAAGGAGGAGAAAGAGGGCAACGUUCCCCUGUGGCUUUUCCUGGUUUCUGUGCACUCUUUUCUUACUCAUUGGGAAACUGGUAAAUAUUGCCUCGUCCGGGUUUCCAGAUUUUUUCCCUUUUUGGUAAGACCAGAUAUCUGUGCUCUUUUCAAUGAUUUGAUAACAGAAGUUUUACACUUGGAAUUUUUAAAAAAACCUCUUAGGAAUUCAGUACACCUGGUAAAUAAAACUUCCAUUCCUGCCCCACUCAAUAUGCCCCUCUGCAGAGAAUGAGCUUUCUCAACUGUGUCACCAAAAGUAUAAAGUGUUUUCCAUCUCCUUUCCUUUAUCCUCUCCCCUUAAAAAAAAUGUGUGGGGCUUCCUUUGAUGGGUGACUCUUGGUGACCUCCUUAGCAAUAAUGGCAUCAGCGCACUGGCUGUGGCCACUGGGAGGUCUGUCCCAUGAAUCCUCACCGAACGCUCCCGGCUGUCCAGGCUCUCCUUGCUGAAGCCACACUUCUUGUAUCACGUUGGCCACCCUUCACCCUCUCAUCGUUUCCAGGAAACAGACUGUGGGCACAUGGCAGAGGUGUCUUUAAGCUGCCAUGAUACUUACUCAACCUAUAGGUCAUUGUUAAAGAAGAGUUGCAUGUUUAAGUUUUGUAUUAAUUUUACGUUAUUUUGUAUCUAGGUUUAGCAGUUGUAGGGCUACGGCUUUCCUUGGGUUUUGUACCAGUGUCCCAUUGGAAGUUCUUUGCUACGUCUGGGGCCUGUGGGGGUGUUUCCUGUCCUAGGCAUCUGCAGGAGUCAGGCCAGAUGGCAGACGUUGCUGGCGAGCCGGGCUGCUCUGAUUAGUAGUGUUAGAACCUGCCAGCGUGAGGCUGGCAGGGGCCUGGGAUAUCCUUCAUCCAAGAACUGGUCAGACUGCGUCACAAUGGACACUCCCCCAGCCCUGACCACCAGCAGAAGUGGAGGAGCCCGAGUUUCUCUACGGCCUGAGCAGCGCUCCCUGGAGACCGUCGUGGUCAUGGCAACAGCAUCUCCUGAAGCCAGACUCUGUGCUGCCCACUGUGGUCCCUGCUGCUGGGAAAGGGGGUGGGACAGCUCCAAGGCUGCCCAGGGGGGGCAAGGUGGCCCCCAACCCAGACAGGGUGGGGUAGGGCAGUAGGGGAGCCCCUGCCCAGUGGCCCCCAAGUGGCGUGAGCCUGCAGGGCCUGCCAAGCAUGGUCUCUGCAUUGCCUCUCACUGUGUUCUCACCUGACGCCUUAAUCCCUGCGAGGCCUGCCAGUGAGCUCCUGAUUUCAGUAUCAAAGUGUGUCUUUUUAAAAAGCCUUUCGGUUUCAUAGGACCUUCUGAAAUGAUUUCCAGAAUAUUUUAUCUGGCUCCAAGGUAGAGCAGACAACAACUUGUUCUUUUCCAGCAAAGUUUCUGCCAAAGCUGUGGCCGGCCAACUUUUGGGUUGGUUUCUGCCCAUUGCAUUAUAUCCCUAAACCUCAUUUGGGCCCCGGGGGUCUUGGAUUUGACCUUCCUCCUUUGUUAGCUGACUCCGUUGUGGCAAAUACAUGUUCUUUAAGUACCGUUUAAGUAUAGUUGAAAUAGUCAAGGGAGGGAGUUCCCUAAUGGUUCAGUGGGUUAAGGGUCCAGUGUUGUCACCACUGUGGCUUAGGUGGCUGCUGUGGUGUGGGUCUGAUCCCUGGCCUGGGAAUUCCUGCAUGCCUCAGGCGUG